AUGAUCACAACUAUGGCCAAAGAUGAUCAUCAAGGUUUGCCAAAUAACGACCAAAAUCCUCCUAAUAACGAUGGCAAGAAUUUUCUCACAACUCCCACACAAUCAUCAAGAAUCCUUCUCACAUCACCACCAACAUCAUAUCAUGUCCAGCAACAACAGCAGGACAUCUCCAAUAACAAGUCUUCUCUUGUGAUACUCAAUUCAAUUUCUUAUCCCAAACAUGAUUGUUUGAGACACGCUCCCAUCAAUCAGCCCUACUAUCCAUUCAUGUUCACUAUUGACACCGAGUAUUACGACUUUUGUAAUUUACGAGACAAAACAUCUUUACCUCCAGAGUUUUAUGUGAGUGGAAUUGUUCCCGAGUCGGGAGAUUUUUCUUGUGUCAAUUAUUUGUGUCGAACGGAGAAUGUAUGGAAUUUGAGAAAUGUCACCCAACGAAUGAAUUUGGGAAUUAUUUUUAAUUACUGUUUGAGAUGUAAUCAGAGUGCUUCAGAGUUGUUUCGACAAGCAUUGAUGAAUAAUUCGUGUCCUGCCUUUGUGAUUGGUGCCUCAGAAAAUUCAACCAAUCUCAUUCCAAGUGAUCGAUUCAUGUCCAAAUUCAAUCAAAUUUCAAAUAUUCAUUGUAAUGGUGCUUCACCCUCUUCGAUCAAUAACUUGGCUCUCUUAGAUUACAACUUUUUCAUGUCUGAAUAUUUCAUGAAUCGAUUUGCUCGAUACAGAGAAAGAGUUACUGGUGAACGACAGUCCAAUCCUCAACUCACUGUUUCAUCAGUUUCUCUCAAUCCAAUUCUCACCUUCUAUUUUAAGAACUAUUUUGAUGAUAAUGCUGACCUGUCCACACUAAAUGCUCCACUCGAUGUGCCAUUCAUUUGUUGGUGUAAUUAUCAAUCAGACAAGGACAAGAGUUUUGGAUUCCAAUGCAACGAUUUCUUCCAAAAUUGGCAAAUCUAUUUCACCUACAGAUAUUCAAUAUGGAUUUUUGCAUUAAUAUUUUCAGCAAUUUUUGUGGCACAAUUCUUACUCGUUUUGGUGCCACGUUUUGGCGAAAGAAUCAUUACCUUUAAACAACGCUUGAAAAUUCAAGGACUCAGCUCUUCCGUUCCACAAAAAAUUGUCCUAUUUUUCAGACACUUUUUUGAUAUUGUCACUCAACCACCUCCUUUCUUCACCAUAGCUGCCUUACUUGCUUUCAUGGAAAACUUUAUGAGAAUUUUGUUCAACUUUAAGGCAGCCAAUCCCUUUUUUAGAAAUUAUUUUUCAGGAGUGUUUCGAGGACUGGCAUGCGGAUUUACCAUUUGUGGAUACUCGAGUUUAGUGAUUAGUUGGAGCCAUGUGAUUGAUCUUUCAAAUAGGAGAGCCACCACGGACUCCAAGCAAGGAACUGGCUUGAGUAAGCUCAAUACUAUCAUUCUCUCUGCAUUUUAUUUUGCCAUGCUCAUUAUAGUCAUUGUCUCUGUCAUUGUAUUUGGAGUCACCAAACAGGACUCGUACGCAUGGAUCUUGUUGAGUCUCUGUAUUGUUAUUUACUUGUUUACCUUUGUGUUGGGAUUUGCAUUUUAUGGUUUUCGAAUCAUGUACAAACUUCGAAAGACAGUUGGAGAUACCAAAAAAGUGAUGGAAUAUCGUUUUACAAAAUUCAUGCUUGCAGAAACUGGUGUCUUUUUGGCAGGUUGUGUUAUUUCUGCACUCAUGUUUGUGAGCUAUGUCUUUGGUUUUGAUAUUAUGAAUUUAUUUUGGGGAAUGGCGAGAAAUACAUUUAUGGAUUCUGCCUUAACACUUGUCAUUUCUGUCUCCUCCAUCAUUACAUUCAACGAGACAGCCAUUGAAAUGGUGUAUGGAAAAAGAAUUCUCGAAAUUCUGACCUGUUCAAGUUGUAAACAAAAAAAGAUGAACCACAUUGCCAAUGUUGCAGCCACCAAUGAAUCAGAAUUGAAAUAG